GACCACGCGAUCAUCUAGUAAACGUUGCACUGUCAACUAAAUUUUUGUGAGAAGUAAGAGUGUAUUAGCACAUUUUAAUGUCAGUCAAGCAUACCGUUUCACAUUAAUUACCACGGCGUGUACAUUUGAGGACGAAAACUAAAAUAUUGGAUUAAAAAUUGAAUAAAACGAGAGAGAAAAAUGUCCAAUUUAUGGACAAAAGAGCAUCGAAAAGGAUUUCCAUUGUAUGUGGAUUUAUUUGAAGAUUUGCCGUUAAUCUACGAGAAAGAAUUUACCAAAUGGAAUAAACAGCUCGAUGAAUCGCAAUGGAAACACGUAUUUCUCGGCAACGAAUACGAACCGGUCAAAAGCAAUGAAACUGCACACCAAUUGAAUGUCAUCGCCAUCGAAAGUUUUCAAUUCAAGGAUUUUCGCAAGUCAUACGAGCUCUUCAAUCAAGCGCUUCGUUUUAUCGAUAAAAAAUCACCGCAAAUGGGUGUUAUAUUUUUGAAGCGUGCACAAUGUUUUUUCAAUAUGAAUAUGUACGAACAAUGUUCGGCCGAUGCAUAUUUGGCACGAGAAUCAAAUUUUCCAAAUAAUUUUCUAUCAGAUUUGGAUGAAUAUCACAAUAAUUGCUUCGAAUUCAUUAAACAAAACGAGCGGAAAGCACAAACUAUCAAAUUAAGCAUCGAUGCGGACAAAGAGUAUCCGUGUAUGGCGAACGUCGUGAAAAUCAUAAAGAAUGAUAUUCAUGGUAUGGAAGUUGUGGCAACAAGUGACAUUGACAUUGGACAAACAAUUUUGGUCGAAGAGGCGUUCACAUCAAUAUCAAAUUCAUUUGAUACAACCACUUGUUUUACUUGUCAGAAGACAUGUGCCAAUUUCAUUCCGUGUGAAAGAUGCGUUGAUGUUAUGUUUUGCAGCAUUGAAUGUAUGGGUGGUAGUGAAAUUCAUAAAAUUUCGUGCGGUGAAGUAUACCAUCGUAUGCCAAGUUAUACCAAAUUUGUUUUGCAGUCCAUUUUAAAAGCGGUGGUCACGUUUCCGUCGAUCGAUUUGCUCAUCAAAUUUGUCAAAGCCAAGAUUUUAAUGCAAACAGUCGACAUGGUUAUGGAUGCAAAGAUGAAAAACUAUGAGCUUUUCUUUGAACUGACAACGUCAAAUCAAGAACUACCAAUUUUACUGAUUCAUCAAGUAUACACAACGCUGAUGAAAAUGACAUUGAUCGCCGAUUUGUUCAGCACGAAAACGAAACAGCGGUUUUUAAUGCAUUUGGUCGCACAUCAUGCACAAGUGUUGUUGUGCAAUUCAUACGGUGGUUUUGAGAAGGAACAAAAUCAACAAAUCACAGCAACCAUGACCAAUGUCGCAUCUUUCUUCGAACAUUCGUGCACACCGAAUUUGAUGCAGUUUUCAAUUGGCAAUCGAACCGUUCUAAUCACAAACCAGUUCAUCAAGGCUGGCGAUCAUCUGUACAUCGACUAUUGGCCAGAGGACGAAGGAGGCAACAAUGAGUCAACCGAGUCACGAGCAAUAUUACUUCAGAAAAAUUUCAAUGUCAGUUGUAAAUGCCGUAAGUGCAAUCCGAACAAAAAAGCACUCAUCAUUGCCGAUCCAUACAUGGUGUCACAUCCAGCAUAUCGUUGGGUAUUGGACUACAAAAAACACAUGGGUAGUGACACAUCGGCGUUAAUGAAACAACAAUGUAUCAAUUUCUUAAAGGAAUACAAACAUGCAUCAUGGUCAAAGGAGAAGGAUUACAUCAUCAAAACAUACACUGAAUGUGUGUUGAACGAAUUCGAUGGAACAAAUCCUAUUCAUUUCAAAUGAUUCAGUCAAAGCAUUUGGCAUGAUAUUUAUUUAUGUAUAAAAUACUUGGAAUACGCAUUUAUUCAUCGUAUAAGCAUGUCACAUUUACGUAAAAGAAAUAAGAAAGUUUGCUUGAAAGAAGUUUUUUUUUAAAUUUUGUAAAUAUACAUCAAGAUAUACAUAAAUAAAUGAACCAACUAAAC